AUGCCAGCGCCAGUGGGCGAGUGCACGGGCUGCUGUCCACGGGAUAAUACUAUUGAUAUUCAAUAUUACCUUUAUACCAGGUCCAAUCCAAGAUUUCCAGAAAUCAUUGACCCUAAUGUACCGAAUGGUUUAUCCCAAACACGUUUUGAUACCAACAGACCAACUAUCAUAUAUUUAUUUGGGUUCUCAGAGGCAACCACUGGACCGAGUACUGUGAAUUUAAGAAAUGCGUUUCUCAGAAGUGGUGAUUACAAUUUUAUUGGCGUUAAUUGGUCGCGACUCGUCGUUUUUCCGUGGUAUAUAUCGGCAGUGCGGAACACAAGGUAUAUGGGAGAACAAUUAGCAAACUUCAUAGAGUUCCUAAACAAUAAUGGUGUCCCUGCUGGAUCCUUGCAUGUCAUAGGAUUUUCAUUAGGGGCAGAAGCCGCUGGAUUUGCCGGGAAAAUUCUGAACAGUAGAGGCAUUAGAUUGGGAAGAAUAACUGGUCUAGAUCCAGCAUAUCCGGGCUAUAGUUUGGGCGGUAAAGAUGCACAUCUUUCUAAAGGAGAUGCGGUUUUUGUUGAUGUACUACACACAAACCCCGGCGUAUUUGGGUUCCCAGAGGCGAUAGGUGAUGUUGACUUUUACCCGAACCAAGGAAGUUGGAUACAACCUGGAUGCUGGUUCGAUGAAUUAGUGAAGAAUAAAGAAUUUAGAUAUUUUUAUGGUUGCAGUCAUAAUCGAUCGUGGAGACUUUACACGGAGUCCGUUUUAAAUCCCACGGGCUUUCCCGCGACAUUAUGUAGGGACUGGACGAGCGCGACAUCCAGAUGCCAAUUCACUUAUGAUGGAUACAUGGGAUUUGGCGCACAACCACCAAUCAAAGGGAUAAUGUAUUUGAAAACAAAUGAAAAAGCACCCUUUGCAAAAGGAGGUCCA